AUGGCUGACGCUGACUACGAUCCCGAGGCCGCAGCUGCCCUCAAGGCCAAGAGGGCGUUCCGCAAGUUCUCUUACCGCGGUGUCGACCUUGACCAGCUCCUCGACCUCGGCUCUGAGGAGCUCCGUGACCUCGUCCACGCCCGCGCCCGCCGCAGGUUCAACCGCGGUCUCAAGCGCAAGCCCAUGGGUCUCAUCAAGAAGCUCAGGAAGUCCAAGCAGGAGGCCCGCCCCAACGAGAAGCCCGACCUCGUCAAGACCCACCUCCGUGACAUGAUCGUUGUCCCCGAGAUGAUUGGCAGCGUCAUCGGUGUCUACUCCGGAAAGGAGUUCAACCAGGUCGAAAUCAAGCCCGAGAUGGUCGGCCACUACCUUGCAGAGUUCUCCAUUUCAUACAGGCCAGUCAAGCACGGAAGGCCCGGUAUUGGUGCCACUCACUCUUCCCGUUUCAUUCCUCUCAAGUAAACGACUGGGUUAUGGUUGCAUGGGUUCUUUAGUGGGGCGGACAAUGUACUUGACGACCUACAACGAAUACAGGUGUUA